CACCGCUUCCCCCUGUGACCCUGUCCCUCCCAGUCUCGCAAGUUCGUCAAUCAAUCGGCUCCCGUGUCACCUGCGCGUCAGAUCGGCGAAGCGAGGUAAGCAGGAGCAGCUUGGGACCAGAUCCGCCGCCGCAUCUGAAGCGGAAGGCCAUGGAGACGCCGCCGCCUUUCCAGGAGUCCGCCCACUGCGACAUCUGCCGCUGCACCUUCAGCACCUUCCGCCGCCGUCAUCAUUGCCGUAGCUGCGGAAGGACGCUCUGUCACGAGCAUUCUUCGUACCACAUGGCUCUACCGCAGUAUGGGAUAUAUACCGACGUCAGAGUCUGCUACAAUUGCUUCAACAAAAAAUCCUCGAGCCAAGGAGGAGCUGGUAAUGCGGGAUCAGCUGGGAGCAUUUCUGGAGCAGCUGAUUCUUUUUCAGGGCUAAGUUUGGGUAAGGAGGAUGCUUCGUUGCCUAUGAAGAAUUCAACAGUUCAGAGUGCGGCACCCAUUAUUGAGUGCAAAUGUGGGAUGCCUUUGUGUAUAUGUGAAGCACCAAAACCGGAACCUGCGCCUGUAAAGCAGAAUAUCAGCACCAUUCCCUCCUCAACCACACAAUCAAACCCAAAACCCAAGAAGCCUGCUAGCAGCCAACCGAAGGCUUCAGCUACUUCUAGCAGCAACUCAAGCUCAUUCUUAAAUAUUGGCUUGAUGAGCAACGAUAGCAAUGAUAAGGGUCUUUCUGACUAUGAAGUCAGUGGGGAGGGACUGAGAGAGGCAAUUAAAAGUGGGGAUGUUAAGGGUGUUAAGAAACUUCUUAGCCAGGGAGUGGACUCCAACUAUUGCGACAAACAAGGAUUUACUUUGCUACAUUUGGCUGCAUUAUUUAACCAGACUGAGAUUGCCCUUAUUCUCAUGGACCAUGGAGCAAAUGUUCAAAGCAAAAAUGGGCAAGGGGAAACUCCUUUGGACUGUGCUCCAGCCAUGCUGCAGUACAAAAUGCGACAACGGAUGGAAGAGCUGGCGGCUUCACAGAGACCACCUGAGUGAAGAGCGUUUGGGCAUUUUACGCUAGUUCUUCCCAUCCCUGUCUGUAUCAAAGAUGGUGUCAAGGAAUAAACCAUUUAAAUGACAGCUGAAAGCUUCUUGCUGGUGGUGUAGUAUUUUUGGGCUGUAUCAAGCCUCUAGAAACGUUGGAACGUCAGUCUCAGAUCACGAGUGUGAAAUAAUUCAUUCAGCUUUAUCCUACUGUGUAGAUCAUGUACCCAUGUCUGGGGACGGUGAAUUCCUUCCAAAUAUUUACCACGUACAAUAUGCUUUUGACUCAAACA